GCGAGGUGAGAACAAGGUGGUCUACUCCGUCAAGAACACCUUCCUCCACAUUGACGAGCCGGAAGAGCAGGAGGAAGAUCCGCUCCAGUCUUCCUCAGGGCCCUGGGCAUCGGAGGAAGGGCUGGGGCCGCCACUCCAGUUCUUGCCCAAGGACAUCGAGCUGACUGAGCUGCAAGCCUUCCGUGCAGACUACAUGAAGUUUCGCGCGGGGCAGGCCACAGGCGCCCGCGGCGAGAUCCAAGAUGUUCCAGAGGUUCCUCUGGCCUCAGAGUCUACGGUCGGCGCACUCGAUCUUCAGCAGACCGGGCAGUAUCCCAUGAACGCCUUUGCUGGCCAGCAGAUGCCGGAAAGGUGA